AUGGCUGGCUUGCCCGAUCUGAGCCAGCCGGCUCUGCACCCCCUGGAGAAAAUGGAGGCAGCACUGAUGAAGGCGCCUUGCCUGUUUAUUGCUUUUGCUUCUUUAUUCUUCAUCCUGGUUUCAAUCACAACGUUCUGCCUGGAGACACAUGAAGCUUUCAAUAUUGUUAGAAACAAGACAGAACCAGUCAUCAAUGGCACAAGUGUCGUUCUACAGUAUGAAAUCGAAACGGAUCCUGCCUUGACAUACGUAGAAGGAGUGUGUGUGGUGUGGUUUACUUUUGAAUUUUUAGUCCGUAUUGUUUUUUCACCCAAUAAACUUGAAUUCGUCAAAAAUCUCUUGAAUAUCAUUGACUUUGUGGCCAUCCUACCCUUCUACUUAGAGGUGGGACUCAGUGGGCUGUCAUCCAAAGCAGCUAAAGAUGUACUUGGCUUCCUCAGGGUGGUAAGGUUUGUGAGGAUCCUGAGAAUCUUCAAGCUCACCCGCCAUUUUGUAGGUCUGAGGGUGCUUGGACACACUCUUCGAGCUAGUACUAAUGAAUUUUUGCUGCUGAUAAUCUUCCUGGCUCUAGGAGUUUUGAUAUUUGCUACCAUGAUCUACUAUGCCGAGAGAGUAGGAGCUCAACCGAAUGACCCUUCAGCUAGUGAGCACACACAGUUCAAGAACAUUCCCAUUGGGUUCUGGUGGGCUGUGGUAACCAUGACUACCCUGGGUUAUGGAGAUAUGUACCCCCAAACAUGGUCAGGGAUGCUGGUGGGAGCCCUGUGUGCUCUGGCUGGAGUGCUGACAAUAGCCAUGCCUGUGCCUGUCAUUGUCAACAAUUUUGGAAUGUAUUACUCCUUGGCAAUGGCGAAGCAGAAACUUCCAAGAAAAAGAAAGAAGCACAUCCCGCCUGCCCCUCAGGCAAGUUCACCAACCUUUUGCAAGACAGAAUUAAAUAUGACCUACAAUAGCACACAGGGUGACACCUGUCUGGGCAAAGACAACCGGCUUCUGGAACAUAACAGAUCAGUGUUAUCAGGUGACGACAGUACAGGAAGUGAGCCGCCAUUAUCACCCCCAGAAAGGCUUCCCAUCAGACGCUCUAGUACCAGAGACAAAAACAGAAGAGGGGAAACAUGUUUCCUACUGACGACAGGUGAUUACACGUGUGCUCCUGAUGAAGGGAUCAGGAAAGGAUAUGAAAAGUCCCGAAGCUUAAACAACAUAGCGGGCUUGGCAGGCAAUGCUCUGAGGCUCUCUCCAGUAACAUCACCCUACAACUCUCCUUGUCCUCUGAGGCGCUCUCGAUCUCCCAUCCCGUCUAUCUUGUAAACCAAACUGCAUCAGUCGGCUAAACUGUAUUAAUUCAAUUACUGUUACUGUUUGCCCCAUAAUGGAAAUAAUUAAAUGUAGAUUUUCUCCAGGCUCCAUUAAUACAGUUAUAAAGCUUGCAUGAUACUACUAUUUGAAAUCGGAAAUGCUACUUGUGUAGCUAAUGAAUCUUAUCCUGUCUUUAAUGAUUAUCUAAAGUAGUGUUACUACUUCUCCAUAUUAAUUGCCCUGAUCUCCUUCCGCAAUAAAAUGACAGAUAGUGUCAGAUAUUGGUCAGUAUACUAAUACGUAAACAUAUCUUCAGGGAGAUAUAUUUAAAACAGUGUGCUUCCAGAUGCCAACCACUUCAUUGGAACUUCAUUUCUUGUGACUCUAAACAAUUCUGAAGAUGUCUGGGAUCCUAUCUUGAUUGCACACAACAUGACUUUUGUCAGCUUAUUUUCAUGGACCACAUUGUCUAUAUCACCUGAAAACAAUAUUGCAGAAUCUGGGGACCGUGGAUGACUCAGGAUACAUGUACUUGCAUCAAACCAUCCUGCUGAUAUGAAAGCACUGGUCAACUGUUCUGCGUGUUGAAUUGUGGGGCAGGGAGGGUGAGUUUUUCCUUAAUAUCUUUUUUUCCUUAUUUUCUGAAAGAAGUAUUUGCUUUACAUAGGUUAAUUUUUUGGUUGAUUUAUUUUUCUUCAAAAAUGCUGUAUUGCAAUUCUGAAUGUCUCUGGUUGUUUGCACACACAAAACUGCAAAGAGGUUGUCAUUACUGGUUAUGUGCAAGCUGAAGGCAGACCUCUUACUUAAUGACUUAGGGAAGGGGCACAAAACAUGGGAGAAAGGUGACUAUCAGCUAGGCUUAAAUUGUUUAGCCAGGAAUCACUGUUUGUUACUAGAGUCAUUUUUUUUAGUACCCCUGGAUUUGUCAUCAUUUUCAGAGGCAGAGUGCCAAAUAGCACCCAAAGCUUUCAUGUCUUUAUUACCCCAUUCUUUUAUUUUUACGUUAAUUUUUGUGCAAACAUCAAAGGUCACUGGUGUUCACAGGAGGCUUUUUUGAUUAGCCUUAAAUUUCUGAAUGAAAGAAUUAAUCAGAUUUUCAUUUUAAUCGGGUGUUAUAUCCUGUAUGUUUCUGUCUGCCUUAGCUCCCUGUCUUAACCGUGUAUGCCACCUGUCUCUAUGAAGCACAGAAAUGCCUAGACAAAGUGUUUAUGAUUUUAGUACUGGGUACCCAGCCCCCGUCUCCUGCCUUCUUUGCUAUUUGGAAUAGGCUCUCCCCUUUGUGUAUUAAUUAAUGAUGCCCUGUAGACUACCUAAAUUAAUCGGCACUGUGAAUCUUUUUGAUAAGCAAGAUAUAAGCAGCAAUUUCACCAUUGCCCUUAGUUGCCUGCUGCGGUCAGUUUCUACUACCUAGCAACCAGUAUUCGUCACUACACUCUUAACAAAAUCCCUAGGGAGUCUGAUUCAGUCUGAGUGGAAGAAGGUCUGUUUACACAUCCCUAUGAAUGCAUAGUAAUACUAUGUCUGGUAUAUUGGGCAUGAGAGGAAAGAAAAGUGCCCUAAUAUAAAUUGAAGAAUAAACAAUACUUCUAAAGCACGCAGCAUCCUUGAGGCUGUUGAUCAGUUCCUAACUGUCAUGUUUAAUUUUGGUUAGGAAGACAAUUGUCACUUUUAUUAUUGGUCAUGGAACAUGUAUUACUCUAUAUGCCCCAAAUCGAGAGCAUGACUUGCAUGUCAGAGAUCUUGUACAGCAAUGUAUUUACCCAGACAUAGAUAUCUAAUAUUUAGAGAUGCACUGAUCCUUUUGAUAACAGCACACAUGGAAUAUUAUCAUUACACACAGAUUCAGAGUAAAGGAAUUAAAAUGCUGUCCAGUGCUGCUGUUAUUGACUACAGUGUUGUAAAGAAUUUUUCAUGGAUUUUUGACUGCUGAAAAAGAAACGAUGGAAUUUAGCCAUACCAAGACAACUGGAAACAGACUUCUGCUACUGAAUGUACCCUGAUGUGACCAAGUUGCACUUGGAAGAGGUUCCAGCAUCUUCAUUAAGCAUUUAAAUCUUAUAAAAGAACUGUGACUGGAACUCAUCUGGUUCUCCCCAUAUGAGUGGUCUGCUUGUAGACUGGCUAAGUCCAUGAAAUUACUGUAAAUACCAACGUGUGCAUGGGUCAAUAGCUGUGGCCAUCUCAUAUCAAGGAAAGCCAAAUUCAUGACCAACAUCUCUGAAGCUUCAAGUAAGGUUCAUAUUUCUUUGAAUUACUCCUCAUGGGCCCACAGUAGGUUGUGCUGGGAAUUAUACAACACAUUGAUACUGAUGUAGUAUAGGUCUGUCUUAAUUUUCCUUAUUUCUACUUUGUUGGUUAGACCUAUAAAUAUUGACUGUUUUAUUUUCUUAUAAACCACUUAUGUUAUCAGCUUGUCAAUUAUGUUGUGUUUUCAGUGUCUAUUUAUCUAAACUGACCUAAUUUUAGUUGCACAUUUGUUUAGUUAUGGAAAAUCAUUACAGCUUCCAAGAAACUCACUGGCACUUUCCAUCAUUUAAGUAUUUUGUCAUUGUUACCUCAAUUAUAAAUAUUACAAAAAUUAAAAUUCUGGCAAUGAGAGUAUUUUUUUAUUAAAUGAUCAAGGAGCAAUGUCAGUAUAUAGUAGAAUAUUAAUCAAAUUAUAUCCUAAAAUGUAUAUUUUGCAUAAAAGAGAUAUUCUUCAAUCAAUUACUUUUUUGUGACUUUGUGGCAAAUGAAGCUUGUAUCGUCUUUAAAACUGUUGUAGUUGAAACUGUAUAAGAAUUUUUCAUCUUGCUUAAUCAAUAUUUACAGAAUCUAUUAGUUCCCCUGGGAUUCUGAAUAUUAUAUAUAUAAAACCUAAUUAUGAACCCCUGUAUCGUGGACCUUUGUGAACAUUUCAAGGUGCAUGCCCAACCUUGGUGAUGAUGGAUGUAAAUGUAACUAACUGAAAUGAAGAAUAAAAGGCAAAUGAGCUAGGGAUAAACUUGAAUUCUAUCUGAUUAAAUUAUUCAUAUUCUUU